AUGGCUUCACAUUCGCGCGACUCCUCAAAUGCGAGUGCCCGCCACGCCCACGCUCCUUCGACGCCCAGCCAGCUUCGCCAGGCCCAUGUGCCCUCGGACAGGUCCAGCUCGCCCGAGGAAACCAUGCAUCCCCGCCGCUACUACGACGACGACGAGCCCCAGCCCUCCAGCAGCCAAGCCCCCCACGACCUCGACUUCUCCGCCCAAGGCAUUCAGCCUUCGACAGAUGCCACGUCAAUCCACUCAACCCACGAGAACGUCGCUGCCCCGGGCGGCAUCAUCGAGAUCGAUCUCGAGCCCACGGCGCGCACCCGGCUGCUGAACCAGCAGAACUUGGAAGGCUUCAACCGGGGUGAUGCGAGGCCGUCGGCGCAUCGCAACUACGGCAGCUUUGCGGGCAGCAUACACUCGGAACAGAGCUUUGGUGGCGCCUUCCCGGGCAUACAGGAGACGCCAGAGGAUAGCGAGCCAGACGAGGCGCAUGCGCUGCUGGGCGACGCCUUUGCCGACGGCGUCCUGAACAAGAAGAACGGGCAGAAGAUGAGCACAACGCGGUGGCUCGCCGAGCGCCAUGGUAUCAAGGAUAAGCGCAUGAUGUACCUCAAGUACUACAUCCCCGUCCUCAACUGGACGCAGCAGUACAAGUGGCGCUACUUCAAGGGCGAUCUUGUCGCAGCCAUCACCAUGGCCUCCUUCUACAUUCCUAUGGCGCUCUCGUACGCCUCGAACCUCGCCCACUUGCCGCCCGUCCAUGGUCUCUACAGCUUCGCCCUGAACCCCCUCAUAUACGCUGUCCUAGGUACCUGUCCGCAGAUGAUUGUGGGUCCUGAAGCGCCUGGCUCGCUUCUAAUUGGCGAAAUCGUGCGUGAAAACAUCAAGAAGGGAACCACCGGCGACAACGACGGCAGGCGUAAUGCUGAGAUUGCUGGCAUUGUGACGUGCAUGGCUGGUGCUUUCAUUCUCAUCGCAGGCUUCUUUAGACUUGGCUUCCUGGACAACGUUUUGAGCCGGCCCUUUCUGCGAGGCUUCAUCAGCGCUAUUGGUGUUGUCAUUUUCGUGGAUCAGCUCAUUCCUCAAAUGGGGCUUGCCAGACUGGCUGCUGACCAGGUGUCGCACGGUAGCUGCGUGGACAAGGUCGUUUUCCUCUUCCGCAAUAUCGGUCGUGCACAUGGGCUCACGUGUGCCAUGUCCUUUACGGCCUUUUUCAUCAUCAUGUUCUUCAGAGAGUUCAAGAAGCGUUUGCAGCCACGAUACCCAAAUGUCGCAUAUAUCCCCGAUCGUUUCGUCGUUGUCGUACUAUCUGCUCUGCUUACCUGGAGAUACCGUCUAGACCAACAGGAGCUCGCCGUUCUUGGAGACGUAAACUCCAGCGCCAAGAUAUUCUCCAUCCACUUUCCCUUUGAGAUGUCGCAUCUCAAAUACGUAUCAGACGCCAUCAACACCGCAUUGAUCAUUGCUAUGCUUGGUUUCUUCGAGUCUUCGGUUGCCGCCAAGUCCUUGGGUAGUGGUGACCUGAACAAGGAUGGUGUUCAGAUGCCCCUGAGUGCGAACCGGGAGCUCAUCGCCCUGGGAACAGCAAACAUCACUGGCGGAUUGUUCAUGGCACUCCCGGCCUUCGGUGGCUAUGGCCGUUCCAAGGUUAACGCAUCCACGGGUGGGUUGACUCCUAUGAGUUCAGUGCUGCUGUCAAUCAUCACCAUCCUGUGCACUGUCUUCAUGCUACCAUACUUCUACUACCUGCCCAAAGGCGUUCUUUGCGCCAUGGUCUCCGUUGUAGCAUAUUCGCUUGUCGAAGAAGCACCGCAUGAUGUCAAGUUCUUCCUCAAGAUUCGAGGCUGGUCGGAGCUCAUCCUUAUGGGUCUUAUUUUCUUCAUCACCAUCAUCUGGGACCUGAAGCGGGGUAUCGGAGUGGGUAUUGGUCUUUCCAUCCUACGCUUGAUACGUCAUUCAGUGCGUCCGCGCAUCCAAAUCUUGGGUCGUGUGCCAGGAACUACGAACCAAUUUUCUAAUGCCGAAAAUCACUCAGGAGAUGUUGAGUUCAUUGAAGGGUGUCUCAUCGUCAAGAUACCAGAACCCCUGACCUUCGCCAAUACAGGAAAUCUCAAGACCCGUCUCCGCCGCCUCGAGGACCACGGUACUGACAAGGCGCAUCCUGCUCUCCCCCGUGUUCGCCGCGCAGAGCACAACAAGAACAUCAUCUUCGAUGUACAUGGCGUCACAUCGCUCGACGGUGCUGGAGCUCAGGUCCUGGCUGAGAUUGUCGAGUCAUACAGAAGCAGGGAAGUCAGAGUCUUCUUCUGUAGAGUUCCAAAAGAGUCUAGUCCAGUCUAUCAACUGUUCGACAAGAGCGGUAUUGUUGAGAUGUGCGGCGGUCCAAGGCAUUUUGUACAGAGCGUUGAGGAGGCACUUCGCAUGACGGAACUAGAGCGAUUGACAGAGGAAUUUGCCAGCUCCGCAGAAGGGUCGAGAGCUGCAUCCAGUCGAGCUUAA